AUGUCUGCUGGCAAGACAGAUACAUUGAUGGAUAUUUUGGCCACUCUGUAUGAUCACCAGGACCCACCAUUUGCAUCACAUGAUGAGUUAUAUGAGUCUAUUGAUGCUAUACCAUAUGGUGACUGCCCUUGGCAGUCAUUUUCAGUGAAGUACUCAGGCCCAUUGCCCAAGGACCCACUGUCUUGGAUGUUGGCAGACUAUGAUGUCGUAACAGAUGAAAAUGGCUGGCAUGAGGUCUGUGACCUCAUGUCAGGUCAGUGGGCAUGGGAUCAGUCUGAACUUAUUGCCCAGGAUCCAGAUACACAUAGGGCCAUGUUUGCACCUAUCAUACUAGGCAGCAACAAGAUGACAGUCAGCGUAGGCACUGGAAACAUGGAAUAUUACCCACUAUACAUAUCCCUUGGAAAUGUUCACAACUGUGUCCAUCACUCUCACAGCAGUGCCCUGUCCAUUUUGGCCUUUCUGUCCAUCCUCAAAACUGGUCCCACACACAAAGAUGACAUCGACUUCUGCUACUUUUGCCACCAGUUAUUCCACUCAUCACUUGCUGCCAUCCUUCAGCCACAAGCCUUGCUUGCAUGUAUUGUGCAGGGUUGGUUGAUGUGGCCACUGACCAUAUGCAGUUGCAUGGUGCAAAACAGCAGUCUUGAUAGUGGCAGCAGACCACAGGCACAUGCCUACAGUGAACAACUCCAUAUGACAAUGGACCCACAAACCCUAUGGAAUGAUUAUCGGAUUGUAGGCAGCUUCAAGCCAUUUACAGCCCAUUUUCCUCAUGUGGAUAUACAUGAGAUGAUCACACCAGACCUCCUCCAUCAAUUCAUUAAAGGGAUAUUCAAGGACCACCUUGUUACCUGGGUCAACAAAUAUCUAGAGCAGAAUUACCCCAGGCAGCAAGCCUUGGAAAUUAUAGCUGAGAUUGACUGCCACAGGCUUGCUGCCAUACCACUGUUCCCUGGACUACACCAAUUCCCAGAAGAUGUGAUGGUCCAUGCUAUUGCAGCCUUCCUCAAGUUCUGUUACAUUGCACAAAAGUCUGUCAUCACUGAAAGAGACCUUGACACUAUUGAUGAUGCAGUAUGCUGCUUCUAUCUCAAACAGGAGAUUUUCAAGGAGGUUGGAGUCUGUGAACAUUUCUCACUUCCUCACCAACAUGCCAUGGUUCAUUACCACACAUUGAUCAAAAUGUUCAGCCUACCCAAUGGUAUUUGUUCCUCAAUAACUGAGUCUCAGCACAUCAAAGCUGUGAAGGAACCAUGGCACCACUCAAAUCGAUAUGAGGCACUCAGGCAAAAGGGUAUGUUGGACAGCACUUUUGUUCCAGCAGUGAGAAGAGAGGAUAUUGCCACAGAGGACAGCAAGGAUGGAGAGGAGGAAGACAAGUCUCAGGCAGUUGAGGGAGACAAAUCAGAUUAUGAUGUCCAAAAGCUUGUGGCUGCGCACUAUGGUUAUCCAGAACUUGUCAAGUGCACCCAGCACUAUCUAUAUGACCAACUCAACCCCAAUGCAGAGAUGUCUGGAGACCAUGUCAGUCUUUGUCAAUGUCCAUCCUUUGAUAGUGACAUCAAAGUGUUCAACUCCAUGUUGGCCACCUACUAUGCACCAAGCAAUCAUUCAGGACAUGGCAGAAUGCACUGCAAUGGUGGGCCAGUGCAAUAUGAUUGCAUAUUGGUAGACAAUGGCAGUUCAGAGAAUGAUCCACUCUGUGGUCUGCUCAUCACUUGUUGUUUACUCUUUUUCUCAUUCAAGUUUCAGGGCCAUUCACACUCCUGUGUUCUGGUUGAAUGGUUUCUACCAUUUGGUGAUGCACUGGACCCCUUGACAGGAAUGUGGGUUGUAGUGCUGGAGGUAAAUGCUGCUGGACACCAUGUCUGA